AUGAGGAGGAUACCCCAGGAGGAAGCAGUUAAAGAGAGGAAUGAUCGAUUCCAUGAUGGCAAUACCCGAGCGGAAGGCGUUUUCGCGCAACAUUGUUCUGAAUGCUCAAGCCUCAGGGCCUUGUCGGAUGCAGACAGGGCCCAGAAGAAACUACAAGACGCAAUCCAGGACUUGCAUGAUACAAAGGAGCGCAACGAACAGGUUGAGAAAGAGCUUGAAGGUCUUUCCAAGUCCGCGGAUCAGUACGUCACAGAACUCAGAGGCCAUGUUCAGUAUGCAGACUACUACCAGAUAAGACUCGCCAUGGCGGAGUGCAAGUUGGAUGUGUCUGAACUCACUGCCGGCUUUGAGGAUUUCGUUGAAAGGCGGCGGUUGAAGAAGGAAGCUGGAAGGGAAGAUGCCUUCUUGGCCUCGGCGCAUGAAGGCGAAGAACGGAGAUGGAAGAAGAAGUUGGAAAAAGCGGAAGAGGAUGUGCGAGAGGCAAGGACUAGGACGAAGCUGCGAGAACAAAAGCCACGAUCAGUCUUUUGGAGUUGGUGA